AUGGUUCAAUCUCGACUACCGUCAGGGUCAGUUAAGUUUAGUACCGGAAAUGAGAUUUUUGCUGAACAUGACGGUAAGUACACGUGGCAUAACCCAAGGAAUGGAAUGCAGCAGGAAAUACAUGGUUUGAGAUAUGUUUACAAGAAACGUGCUAAUAAUUACAGAACGAUUCAAUUAGUUAACUAUGGUGGGAAACUGGUAAUUAUGUGGAAUGAGACUCGCAGGAAACUCAAGCGUGUUUGGUGUGCAGUGAUUAGCUUGGAGGAGCGUUCGAGUCCAUUGGGAACACGUAUGCGGGGGAGGGUCGAACAAUGCGAUGUUGUUUUGGAUUCAGUCCACAACUCAUAUAUGCUCUCACGCUGCCUAUCGGUUUCGGUCUGA